CAUUUGUGGACUUUCACCGGAAGGGCAGUGGCGCGCGGAAACGGGCAUCUUUGUGGCAGUGUCUGCGGGUCUGAACGAAGAUGGAGCUCAAGUGUGCCUACCAGACGUACCACUGGGGCCGGCCGGGCUCCAGCAGCACGGUGGCCCGUCUGGUGGCUGCCAGCCAGCCGGGAUUCUCUGUCAGUGAGGAUACCCACUACGCUGAGCUGUGGAUGGGCACCCACGGCAGCGGGCCGUCGGUGCUGGCCGCCACCGGUCAGCCGCUGGCCGACUACAUCCGGGAGCACCCGGAGGUGCUGGGUGAGAGCGUGGCAGCUCGGUUCGGCACCCAGCUGCCCUUCCUGCUGAAGGUUCUCUCAGUGGAUACGGCACUCUCCAUCCAGGCGCACCCGUCAAAGAGUCACGCUGAGGAGCUGCAUGCCGCCCAGCCGACCGUCUACAAGGACCCCAACCACAAGCCCGAGAUGGCCGUGGCGCUGACGCCCUUCGAGGCGCUCUGCGGCUUCCGGCCGCUCGAGGAGAUCCAGCACUUCCUCAAAGUCGUUCCGGAGCUGUCUGCGGCCGUCGGUCCGGAGCCGUCGGCCGCCCUGCUGGCCGUCUCGCCGUCGGACCCGGCCAGUCGGGACCGUCUCAGGGACUGUCUGCAGGCGCUGAUGACCCGGGAUCCGGCCGACAUCAGCCGUCUGCUGGACUCACUGGUGGCGCGGCUCUCGGCGACAGGUGACAGCGCUCCGUCGGACCCGCUACUCCCGGCCGAUCUGAUCCUCCGUCUCAGCAGCCAGUAUCCGGGCGACGUGGGCUGCCUGUGCGCCCUGCUGCUCAACAGGCUGGUCCUGCAGCCCGGCCAGGCGCUCUUCCUGGGACCCAACGAGCCGCACGCCUACCUGGCCGGAGACUGUGUGGAGAUCAUGGCCUGCUCGGACAACGUCGUCCGCUCGGGGCUGACGCCCAAGUUCAAGGACGUCUCCACACUGGUCUCCAUGCUCACCUACGAGUGUCGGCCGGCCUCCGAGCAGCUGUUCCGCCCCUCGUGUGCGGCCGGCGGUGGCGACUGCGUGCAGGAGUUCCGGCCGCCCGUGCCCGACUUCAGCCUGGCCAAAAUUCAGUUCGUGCCGGACUCUGUUGGCUCCCAGUACACGGUCCCUGUACGGGACUCGGCCAGUCUGCUGCUGGUAGUGUCCGGCGCCGCCACCAGAGGCGCCACGGUCGUCGGGCGCGGCUCUGUCCUGUUUACACCGGCUGGUGAGGAGGUGACGCUGACUCUCACCGACCGGGCGGAGGUGCUGCUCUUCCAGGCCUUCUGCCAACUGUGAUCACCGCGCCGAGGUGAAGGGAGGGAGAUGAUACGCGAUAGAGCGAUUUGUGAUGGUAACAAAGUGCACAGUUUCCCCUUCAGUGAGGUGUUCUAAGGUUACAAUAGUUUUCCAAACCAGUAGGGCUGUGGUAUGAACAACGAAUUACGUUUGAUACAUAUUCUUUAUACCAUUAUCAUAAGAAUAGUUGUUUGGUCCUGUUGCACAGUAAUAAUAUUUUGCGACCAUUCAAAAACUAUUAUUUUUAUUCGGUGAUGACUAAUCUGAUAUUACGUUUUGACGCCACGACUUCGUUAUUGAAGUUAUGACACAUUUUACGACUGUUAUGUCGUACACGUUGUUAUUGCGUAAGUCCUGCCGCCGCUACACACGGACGGCUGUCGGUAAUGGUGGCACUCGUGUGGCGGCGCACCAAGAGGUCCGGGAGAUCACUGGGGUCACUGGAGGUAUCUCGCAGUCACUGAGGUGAUAUGGGGUAUCUCUUCAAUCACCGGGGGGAUUCCCGGAGUCACUGAGGGGAUCUCGGGAACCACGAAGGGGCCUUGGGAGUCACUGAGGGAGACGCCGAAGGCGAACCCCGUAUCUACCACUGAGUGAUUGAGUUGGGAUUCGAGCACUGCCUGGUGAGCGGGGUCCUCCGUUAGUGAUCUGCGGUUAUAAGCGAGAUGAACUCGUCAGUAUUAAAGACGGGUGAUGUGCGGGUGUUGCUGGUGCGUUCGGUACUGUUCGCCGAUGUUUGGAAGGGAAUUCUGGCCCUUGGAGAUACUCUUGCUCCCGGCUCAUCUCGCUUGGCUUUUUACGGUGUUGCAUGGGUUAUUAUCGGAUGUUAUCGGGACAUAUAUGCUUGGAAGCUUUAAAACUCCUCAGUCGAACUUUUAGUCCUUUGAGUGAUUGUAUUUGGUCAGUUGACAAACUGAUGCCUGUCUAGUUAGUUUCUGAAAUACAUUAUUUACACGUAUGACUUGUGUACUACGCAGACGGGGUGUGGAACAGGUAAUGAUGCCUAACUCCAGCUUCGCUAAAGCCAGCUGUAAUGGGAUCUCGUAUUACAGGAAUUGGCCGCGCCGGUACGUGUAUAUGCGCACUUUCCCAGUUUUGCGGUAGUGCAGUGAUCGGUCGUCCCGUCUCAUGCACUUACGGGCGUAAAUAAAUGGACACUACGUGA